ACGGGCUAUCAGAUUGGUAAAACCAAGGUAUUUCUUAGGGCUGGUCAAAUGGCAGAAUUGGAUGCUCGUAGGAGUGAGGUCUUAGGAAGAUCAGCUAGCAUUAUUCAGAGGAAAGUCCGGUCAUAUUUGUCUCGCAGAAGCUUUAUUACACUCCGUCGGUCUGUGGUACAGAUUCAAUCUGCAUGCAGAGGACAAAUUGCUCGUCAUGUCUAUGAGAACAUGCGCAGGGAGGCUGCUUCUCUGAGAAUCCAAAGAGAUUUACGCAUGUAUAUUGCUAGGAAAGCUUAUAAAGAUUUGUGUUAUUCUGCUAUUUCGAUUCAAACAGGCAUGCGCGGGAUGGCUGCUCGGGAUGAUUUACGCUUCAGAAGGCAGACUAGAGCAGUGAUUAUGAUCCAGAGUCAUUGUCGCAAAUACCUGGCCCGAUUACAUUAUAAGAAGUUAAAGAAAGCAGCAAUCACAACGCAAUGUGCAUGGAGAGGAAGAGUUGCUCGUAAAGAACUGCGAAAUCUUAAGAUGGCUGCAAGAGAAACAGGAGCUCUUCAGGCUGCCAAGAAUAAGUUGGAAAAGCAAGUUGAAGAAUUAACAUGGAGACUUCAGCUUGAGAAACGCAUGAGGGCUGACAUGGAAGAGGCCAAAACACAAGAAAAUGCAAAGCUGCAAUCUGCUUUGCAAGAAAUGCAACUUCAGUUCAAAGAAACUAAAGAAAUGCUAGUAAAGGAACGUGAGGCUGCCAUAAAGGUGGCCGAGAAAGUACCUGUUAUACAGGAGGUUCCAGUAGUAGACCAUGUGGCCCUGGAGAAGCUUACUAUAGAAAAUGAGAAACUCAAGGCUCUCGUAACAUCGCUGGAAAAGAAAAUUGAUGAAACAGAGAAACAAUUUGAAGAGACAAGCAGAAUAAGUGAGGAAAGAUUGAAGCAAGCUUUGGAGGCAGAAUCAAAAAUAGUCGAAUUGAAGACUGCUAUGCAUAGGCUUGAAGAAAAGUUUUCUGACAUUGAAAUGGAGAACCAAGUUCUUCGGCAGCAAGGGCUGUUACAAACACCUGCAAAGAAGCUGUCAGAGCGUCCUCCAAUUCCACCAACUCAGAGUCUGGAAAAUGGCCACCAUCUGAAUGACGAGAAUAAAGCCAAUGAGCCACAGAGUGCAACACCGGUUAAGACGUAUGGCACAGAGUCAGACAGCAAGUUUAGGAGAUCCCACAUUGAGCGUCAACAUGAGAAUAUUGAUGCGCUUAUUAACUGUGUAACAAAUAACAUCGGGUUCAGUCAUGGAAAGCCUGUUGCUGCGCUUACCAUUUACAGAUGUCUUCUCCACUGGAAAUCUUUUGAAGCAGAAAGGACUAGCGUGUUUGAUCGUCUCAUUCAAAUGAUUGGUUCAGCAAUUGAGAAUGAAGAAAACAAUGAACAUAUGGCUUACUGGUUAUCAAAUACAUCUACUUUAUUGUUUUUACUGCAACGAAGUAUAAAGGCAGCUGGUGCUAGUGCAACUUCGCAACGGAAACCUCCCUCGGCAACAUCCUUGUUUGGGCGGAUGACAAUGGGUUUUCGCUCAUCACCAUCUUCUUCCAACCUUGCUGCUGCUGCUGCACUAGCUGUCGUGCGCCAAGUAGAGGCAAAAUAUCCAGCCUUGCUUUUCAAGCAACAACUUUCAGCAUAUGUAGAGAAAAUUUAUGGAAUUAUUCGAGACAACUUGAAGAAGGAGUUGGCAUCUUUGCUUUCCUUAUGCAUUCAGGCACCCAGGACUUCCAAGGGAAGUGUACUAAGAUCUGGACGGUCCUUUGGGAAAGAUUCUCCUUUAAGUCACUGGCAGAGCAUUGUUGAUAGUCUAAACACUCUCCUGAGUACAUUGAAGCAAAAUUUUGUGCCUCCAGUUCUUAUCCAGAAGAUCUUUACUCAAACUUUCUCAUAUAUCAAUGUGCAAUUGUUUAACAGUCUUCUCCUACGUCGCGAGUGUUGCACAUUUAGCAAUGGUGAAUAUGUAAAAUCUGGGUUAGCUGAGCUAGAGCUAUGGAGUGCCCAAGCAAAAGAAGAGUAUGCAGGUUCAUCUUGGGAUGAACUUAAGCACAUAAGACAGGCUGUUGGAUUUUUGGUCAUACAUCAGAAGUACAGAAUAUCCUACGAUGAAAUCACAAAUGAUCUGUGCCCUAUCUUGAGUGUUCAGCAACUAUAUAGAAUCUGUACACUAUAUUGGGAUGACAAUUAUAAUACUCGGAGCGUGUCACCUGGUGUCAUUUCUAGCAUGAGGGUACUGAUGACAGAAGACUCCAACAGUGCUGUUAGCAAUUCCUUUUUGUUGGAUGACAAUUCUGGCAUUCCCUUCUCUGCGGAAGACCUUUCUAAUUCACUACAAGAGAAAGAUUUCAUGGAUGUUCAACCGGCAGAGGAACUACUCGAGAACCCAGCCUUCCAAUUCUUACACGAGUAAAGAUAAAGAGGCUCAAGCAUGCUCUUCUUAUUUUUUUUAGGUGCGAAGUCGGCAAGGAAUCUUGCUCUUUGGUCAGUAGUGUUACUUGGUUGUAAAUUUACCCCCUUUUUUGGUGGUUUACACGCUUUUUCUGCAUCCCUGCUCCUUUGUAGAAUAUUCCUAUUUAUUUAUUUGUUUCUUUGAGAUUCGAAGUUGUAAAAUCCUUUUUGGCUAUCGAAGGGGCAAGGAUAUAUCUUCUUGUUCAGUGAGUGUGCAUUCAUUGGUCAUUUUUUAGGCAGCAAAAAUUCAUAGAGAAUUCAUUAGGGCAAGCAGUGUCUUUGGUUGGUGGUUGAGGCAUUGCUCUCUCUCUCCACCCUAUUUUUUUCUGUAAAAAAGAGAGAAACUCAGACAUACAAACAUUAUACCUAGUAAUGAGAAGUAUAUGGAAUUGGUUUAUGCA